GUGUGCAGUCUGGGAUGAAGCUAACGUUUCCGACAUUUCGGUACCGUGUAGGAUCGUCGGUACUCAUUUAUCUUUAAAUGCGUGCUUGCUGUGUAAAACAAAAGCGUAGUGGUUUGGAUUUGGGCUUCAUUUUUUUGUAUAAAUUGUUUAUCUCAGUUUUAGAAGUAAAACGUAAUGCUAAAUGACGUUAUCUCGUCGACUUGAGGAAAAGGGAUUUAGCUGGUUAGCUUAGCACAAUGAAGUUUUUUUUUUUUAAUGGAAACAUGAAUGUAGUCUGUAAAGGGCCAUUUUAAAUAUUAAUUCACAUUUUUAAAUAUAUUUUUCCGUUUUUAUAGAACGCGAAUGUGAAUUUAACCUCUUUUUUUCAAUUCUGAUAGUAAUUUAACUAAUCCUGAGCCUGUAGCUUACCCUCAGUGGAGCUACAUUUGAUGAAUUCGACAAGAUGGAUGACUCUCUUUAGUUCAUAAGCCUUCGUUAUUCCGUUAUUUGAAAAAAAAAAAAAAAGGUAAAGAUGUUAAAAAGGGGAACAGGUUCUAAAGCUAGCUACAGUCCGUAUUCAACGGGCCAGAGAGUCAAGAAAGCAGACAGCAAAACCAAACUGGAUCUGUUGCCCAAUAAAGCCAAUGUGUGGUUGAAACAGCUGUCCAUUCUCCAGGAGCAGCCUCGGAAAGAUGGCUCGGACGCCAGUUCUUCCUCUUUAUCUGCAUCCACCUCCACCUCUGCAAGUCUUUGUCCACCAGCUGUGGAAGGCCAAAGCUGCCAGGGCGCUCCGUCUGCCACACAUGGAAAACUGGUGGGUUGUCCGUCACCGGCAGGCACCCUGAAGAGGCCUACAACUCUGAGCCGCAAUGCCAGCGCUGCGGGCUCCCCGCUCCAGUCCUGGGUGUUCAGUAAGGGCCAAGGCCGGGCUGCUAUUGCUCAAAGCCCUCAAACCGAGACCGUGGAAAUGCCUGCAGCUAUCGAGGUGGAGGACAUCCCCCCACUGCUACGUGCUGUGGCUCGCUUCGCCGAGGCUGUGGAGAAACUCAAAGAUGUGGUUCUGGAAGACAAACAGGAGAACCGCCGCCCGUUGGCCCAUGAGUGUCUGGGUGAGGUGCUGCGGAUCCUGCGCCAAAUCAUCAACAUGUACCCACUCCUCAACACGGUGGAGACUCUCACCGCCGCCGGCAAGCUCAUCUCCCAGGUCAAAGGCUUUCAUUAUGAAGUCUGCAAUGAAACCGACAAAAAAGACUUUGAGAAAGCCAUCGAGACCAUUGCAGUAGCUUUCAGCAACAAUGUCUCAGAGCUCUUAAUGGGAGAGGUUGACAGCAGCACUCUUUUAUCAGUACUGCCCACAGAGAAGAGCAAGUCUAUGGAGAAUCUGUACAGAAUCUCUGGUAUGGAGACUUCACAGGACUCUUCUGAAUUAGCAAUGAGAGCUGAGGAGGUAGACAUCCUUCUGCAGCGUAGUGAGGGUGGAGUGGACUCUGCACUGACGUAUGCCAAGACCAUCUCCAAGUACAUGAAGGACCUCAUUGGCUACGUGGAGAAACGUCUCUCUUUUGAGGUGGAGUUUUCCAAAGGCCUCCAAAGGCUGUAUCAGACAUGCAGGCAAACAAUCACACAGCCACACAUGCCUUUCUUCUCCAUAUACUCUCUGGCACUGGAGCAGGACCUGGAGCAGAGUUCAGUAAUACAGCAAGCUGCAAACACCCUGCACUGCCAGACCUUCAUACAGCCUCUGAUGCAACGCAAACAGGAGCAUGAAAAGAAACGAAAAGAGUUGAAGGAACAGUGGCUCAAAGCCAGGAGAAAGCUGUUGGAGUCCGAGGCUAAUUUGCGACGCGCUAAGCAGGUCUACAUCGCUCGCUAUGAGGAAUAUGAGAAGGCCAAGACGGCAGCUAGCAGAGCAGAGGAGGAGGGCAGCAGCUCCACAGCCAAAGUGGUGGAUAAGAAAAAGCGACUAGAGGAAGAGGCUCGCAAUAAGGCUGAGGAAGCAGAGGCCACGUACCGAGUGUGUGUUGCGGACGCCACACAGCAGCAGCAGGAGCUGGAGCACACGAAGGUUACAGUGCUGAGACAGAUCCAGGAGGUCAUCAAGCAGAGUGACCAGACCCUCCGUUCUGCCACUAUUUCCUACUACCAGAUCAUGCACAUGCAGACCGUGGGGCUGCCCGUGCACUACCAGACUCUGUGUGAGAGCAGUAAGCUGUACGAUCCGGGACAGCAGUACGCCACCCACGUCAAAGAGCUGCAGAUGAGCGAGGAGCCCGAGAUCCAUUACACCUUUGAGCCCUACUGUGCCUCCAGCACCCAGCAGGCAGCCAGAGUGCGCAGUGACAGCUCCAACACGGACGCACCAAGCAGCACUGAAGGGACAGUCACAGCUGGAGAAACAGCCGAUCCUGCCACUGCUCAGAAAGAGGAGCAGAGGAAAGCACGAGGUCACAUGACUCACAAAUCGUGGGGCUCCACAGUGAGUGACACAGACAGUGUGGUCGGAGGGAGUGACCUCGGCUCCCCCACCAACAGUGCAGGUGACAUCAGUAAAAUGGCCCGAACAUCGUCGACAGGAACCAUGUCAUCAAAUGAGGAUGCAGACGAAAAAGAUGGGGCCAUGGCAAACUUUGAAACUUCCAACAUUAAUGGCAUCGAGCCGGAAAUCGUGGUGCCGACCGGGCCGUUUAAAAGUGUGGGCCUAUCCAAAGCUGCGCAAACUCACCGCUUGCGCAAACUGCGCUCUCCAGCAAAAUGCCGGCAGUGUGACAGCUAUGUGUACUUCCAGGGGGCUGAAUGUGAGGAGUGUUUCCUGGCUUGCCAUAAACGCUGUUUGGAGACUCUGGCCAUCCAGUGUGGACAUAAAAAACUGCAGGGCCGCCUCCAGCUCUUUGGACAGGAAUUUUCCCAGGUGUCCAGCAGCAGCUCUGAUGGAAUUCCUUUCAUCAUCAAAAAGUGCACAUGUGAGAUCGAGAGGAGAGCACUUAGGAUGAAGGGCAUCUACCGGGUGAAUGGGGUGAAAACCAGGGUGGAGAAAUUGUGCCAGGCGUUUGAAAAUGGCAAAGAGCUUGUGGAACUGUCACAAUCCUCUCCACAUGACAUCAGCAACGUGCUCAAGCUCUACCUGAGACAGCUUCCAGAGCCCAUCAUGCCUUUCCGCCUCUAUAACAGUCUGAUGGGCCUUGCGAAGGAAAGCUUGGCCCUGGUGGGACCUGAGGGAGCCGAGGCUGGGAAAGGGCCUGAUCUGGUUGAUCUGGGUCCAGAGACAGACCCUGAACUCCUGAACCUGGUGCACAGACUAAAGGAGCUUCUCAGUGAGCUGCCCAAAGCGAACAUGAGCACACUGCGCUACAUAGCGCGCCAUCUCCGCAGGAUUGCUGAGCUGGAAGAGGACAAUAAGAUGAGCCCCAGUAAUCUGGGCAUUGUGUUUGGGCCCUCAUUGAUGCGGCCCCGGCCCUCGGGGGCUACAGUGUCCCUAUCUUCUCUGGUGGAUUACCCCUAUCAGGCCCGCAUCGUGGAGACACUCAUUGUGUUUUAUCCCACUGUCUUCCCCUCUGAGUCAAAUCGCACAGGCGGUAUCACUAUAGUCCGUUCCCCAGCACUGCAGCAGGAGAGCAGUAUUGAUGGGGAGGACUCGGGUACAAAUGAUGAUGAAGUAGAUCGCACUGAAGAACAUGGAGGAACUGAAACAGACAAGAUAAAUGAGGGACUAGAAGGCUCCACAGGCACACUGGGGUCCCUGGAGCAUAGUCUGGAUUCUGACUCUGAGCUGGAGGAAGGAGGCGGGACUGAAGAACAGCCACUCUCCCCAAUCAAUAAUGAGGAUCCUGAAGUGACCCCUCCCACAGCAGAGGUACAGAAUCACUCAGGUUCAGACAGCGAACCUCCUGCAUUGCCUGAGAGUGAGCCUCCGGAGCUUGAGAGUCCAGACGAACUACCAACGAGCUCAUUCGCACAACUCAGCAUCAACCAGUCCAACAAUAAUGAGCCACAGUGUUAAUCAGCAUGAGACAUGUGUUUGGGUAUAAGGACAAAGCCCUUGAUUUAAAGAGACUCUCCUCCACUGCAGGAACCUUUUCAGGAACCCAGGAACUUUAAGCAUGUUUCCACCACAGAAACCAUUUCCUGGCCCUUAGUCUCAGUAAUCUGCUUCAGAGUUGGUACUUUUCUGCAGAUCAGGAACUUCACAAGAUGUCUGAUAUUCUUACACAAUGUCUUUUAAAAAAAAAACUGUGUUUAGGUAACAAGCUUGUUUUAUGUCAGAUGCAGUGCAGGAUGACAGCCACAUUUCCAUGAUGCUUUUGUUUUCACACACAUGGUGAGUCAAAAAUAUAGUGGCUGCAAAAAAGUCUUGAAAUUGCACUUCAUGCCUGCUUUACUGCUGCUGGUUUAAAACUCUAAUUUAAUGUUAACCCUGCAUUCACACUGGCAGUGAGGCGACAUGACAAAGCAGCUUCAUUUACAUCGAGAGUUGAUGAAUUAUCGCGACAGAAGGUGGAGCAACUGCGAGGUGAGGGGGGUGAUCCACUUGACAAAGUUCAUUGGAGAUUAAACUGAGAUUAAAAUUACAUACUUAUCAGAAGCAAAAAUAAUGUGGCUACUACCACUGUGGGUAAGGAACAGUGGCACACCCCCAAACUAAAACAUUAUCCUGUGCACCUACAGGCUUGAAGUGUUUGACGCGCCAAAAUAGAUCAGUGUCUAUAAUCCUGAUGGCAUUGAUGGAGGUAGUAGCAUGAAAGUUGAAGCUGAUCAGUUAGAAAGUUAGAAGAUGAUCAGUAUAUACAGGGUGUACAAGUGAGGAGGUGAAAGAGCUGGACAGACUAACGGACUAAAGCGAUACUGCAUUGCUCUCUUUAGGUAGAGAUGAAGCAAGGGCAAAUUCCCACUAGCCCCAUUAUGAACAGCAUUUUUGAUAAUGUGAUGGAAAUUGUGAUUAUAUUAUAUUGAUUAUAAAUAAUGAUAUACAAGUGAUUCAGGGUGGAUUUUUUCUUUAAGAGGAAGAAACAUUUUAGGUUCAUUCUGACACUAGUAGACACUGAUGAACUGCAUGGAUGCAAGUUAUACCUGCUGCAUGACGCUAAAAACUUGCUGCCAGUGUGAAUGCAGCGUAAUUCCCAGCAUCUACCAUGUUGCUGUAGUUUAGCUGAAAAGUCUUUACCGUUGCGUAACAUCUUCUAUUGUUUAUAACAGUCUUGGGUCCUGCAAUGAGCCAGAACUGUUUAGUUCUUGUUCAGGAGAGUUCCAGAACUCUUUAGUUGCUCAGACGGUUCCAGAAACUGGAUGAAAACAUGCAUAAGGUGGUCCAAAUUAUAUGGUUCUUUUUUUUUUUUUUUUUCAGAAACAGUGUAGUGUUAAGAUACUAAACACCACAUGAACGUGAUGUCUGCACCUUGUUUUCACUGUGGCAUGGUUAACUAUGCACAUUCCUUUUUAUCUGCAUGUUUCUCAGGAAUGGUUCUAUACAGAACCUGCGUGUGCUCAUUGAUUACCACACAUCCGCAUUUUUUUUUUUUUAGAACAAACAUGGAUAUUUAAAUGCGUCAAGCUCAUGUGUGUAGUGGUGUGAGUAAGAAGCGUAAUUCAGUAUUCUUCACUAACAAGUGAAAACUAGCAGUUACAACAGAACACAUUCUUUUCAUACAUUAUUAGAAAUGUAGAUGUUUUUUUUCCAAGCUAUUGUUGGUGAAAAUGUGCAUGUCCAUGUCUUAAUUAAUUUUUAAUGUACUAUUCUUUUAAUAAAAUCAGCUGGUCAACUUCUCCUAAAAGCUGACAGGUGGCAAUA